AUGGCAGUCGCGCAACUAGACGUGGCACAGCUUUCGUCGUUUUGUUCCUUACCACAGCAAUCAAUCGACACACUUCUCGACGCACCUACUGCCGGCCUUGUCCGUACACUUUUGGAGAACAUAUCUGUGAAAGCACAUGAGCACAAUGAUCUCGCGUCUGAAAUACUCAAGCUAGGCGUGGAAUUGGAAAAUGCAGUGCGUGGCGGUGAAACCAAGAGCCGGGUUCUGAAAAGCUCAAUCGACAAGGGGCUCAAGGAGGCCACAGAUCUGAGGCAGAAACUUCAAGCAGAGGAAACGGCGAGGGCGUCUGUGGAGACUGAGCUUGAGAAUCUGCGAACAUCCACCUCCACCAUCACUACUGAAUUGUCUACUUUGAGGACUCGGAUUACGUCACUGGAGUCCUCAAACCGGGACACUCUCUCGCUUCUUGAAUCCAAAACAACAGCUCAUGACAACUUGGCCCAAGAGCUCAAUGCUCAGCACCAGAAAACGGUGGAGCUCCGCCGUGAAGUCUCAAACCUGGAACAGUCAGCACAAUCAGCCAACGCCGCGUCGACCAGCGCAAGGUUCCACGAACAAGGUCUUCAGCAGGAAAUUGAAUCGCUAAAGAGAAACAACGAUUGGCUGGACAAAGAAUUGAAAACCAAGUCUGGGGAAUACACGAAGUACCGCAAAGAAAAGAGUCUACGUAUCACCGAUCUACAACGUCAACUUGAUGAUGCCACGAGCACAAUCGAUGCCGCAAAUCGCACCGAGACGACUUUACGCAGGAGACUUGAUGAGCUCAGUCAGAAAGCUGAUGACUCCUUCACCCGCGUCCAACAGUUGCAAGAAGACGCUGCCAAGAAGGACGAGUCUUUUCGAGUUGAGCUAGAUGCGGCGAAUCGCCUUACUGAGCUGACCAGGAAUUCGGCCAACACGGAACGUCAACGGCAGCAGGAUCUCUUCGCCCAGCUAGAUUCCGCUAAAGAAGAUGCUUCUGAGCAGCUCGGUAGACUCGGUGCCGAGCUUGAAACCGAGCAUAGGGAAAGAGUAGGCGCGGAUGCGAAGAUUGCGGAACUCGAGGUCCAGGUUGAGCAACUCCAGGCUGAUCUAUCGACACUGCAAAGCCAAGCAUCAAAACAAAAUGCUUCUCAUCAGGGUACCAACGGGCAUGCCCCUAGUACACCUCUUCGCGGUGAUUCCGCGCCUAUGGUUCCAUCCAGUCCAUCGCGCUUUAAGGGGGGUCUUAGCAUUACCCAGAUGUACAGCAGUUACAAUGACCUGAAGAGCGAACUUGAGGCGGAAAAACGACGUAGUGAGAAGCUCACCUCGACACUUGACGACAUGGUACAGGACCUAGAAACGGAGCAGCCAGAGAUCGAGGAGCUACGUGCAGACCACAUCCGUUUAGAAUCAGAAGUUGCCGAGAUGUCUUCUUUGGUAGAGAUCAUCGGCAAGGAACGAGAUCAGGCUCUUAGAGGAGCCAAGAAAUGGGAAGGCCACCUAGAGGCUAAAGUCAAAGAAGGAGAAGUACUCCGGCAGCAGCUUCGCGAUCUCAGCUCUCAGGUCAAGGUCUUCCUAAUGGAAGUCCACCUACGUGAUCAAGGCCUCGAUGACCUUGGUGCGGAUGGCCGAGCACGUCUAGAGCGCCUGGCGCAAGGGCAAGCUGACGGGGAAGCGAUGGAGGGCACGACCGCAACUGAUCGUCUUAUCAGUGAGAACCUCGUCACAUUCAGGAACGUCAGCGAACUUCAAGAACAGAACGCAAACUUACUCAGGAUCACCCGAGAAAUUGGCGAGCGAAUGGAGCACGAGGAGGCCGUCCAAAAGCAGUCAGAGAGAACUCGAGAUUGGGACGACCUCCAGCAGAAAUACGAACGUUGCAAGGACGAGAUAAAGUCUCUGAUGACUCAGUCUUCAAGCUACAUUCGCGAGCGAGACAUGUUCAGACGUAUGCUCUCUCACCGGGGUCAACUACCUCCCGGCACCGACGUCACUUCAUUGUUUGGGGAGUCUGUCAACGGAGCCGCAACGCCCAAAACCCCAACGCCUGCUGUUGUCAUUAACAGCAUUGAAGAUUCACCAACAACAAGAGACCUAGCCGACUACGCAAAAUUGUACAAAGAUAUUCAAGCGCACUUCGAUGCAUAUCGGCACGAGGCUGCGACAGACCGAUCAACAUUAAAGGAGCAAGUGGAUGGCCUUUCAAAGGUCAAUAGUGAACUUCGAAGCGAGGUGGUACGAAACAGCAGCCAGGUCACACUUGCCCAUGAAAGAUACGAAAUGCUUCAAGGCAACUACGUGAUGCUCAAGAAUGAGAAUACGGAACUGCAAAAGAGAUCGCAAGCAUUAUCAGACACGGCCGCCAAGCAGGAUAUGCGGGUUCAACAGGUUGCUGAAGAACUUGUCGAAGCUAAAGGCCUUGCAGACAGCAUGCGCAAUGAAACAGCCAAUCUAAAAGCAGAAAAGGAAUUCUGGAAAACAAUUGAGAAGAGAAUCACCGUGGAUAACGAGAACCUUUUGAACGAGCGUGGUCGGCUGAACGCUCUGAACGCUAAUUUGCAGACCCUGUUGAAUGAACGAGAGCACUCGGACACGGAAGCUCGUCGAAGACUCCAAACCCAGGCCGACAAUCUCGAGAGAGAAUUGCAAGCAACGAAGAAUAAGCUUUCCGACGAGGUGGAAGAAAACAAGAGAUCUGCUCAACGGCGCGAAUAUGACCAUGAGCAGAGUCAAAAGAGGAUUGAUGAUCUAGUCUCCAGCCUUGGUAACACUCGCGAAGAGCUCGUCGCCGCGAAGACAAUCCGAGACCAUCUUUCGACUAGAGUGGAUGAGUUGACAAUUGAGCUUCGGAGCGCAGAAGAACGUGUCAAUGCAUUACGACCAGCACCUUCAGGACGUCCGAACACCAACGAUGGUGAAAAUUUACAACACCAAUCCCUCGACGGUGAAGACUCGAAUUUGACUAAAGAGCAGGGAUUGAGAGUCCAGGUCUCGGAGCUCAAACGCGACCUUGACCUAGCUCGCAGUGAACUCGAAAAUGUCAAAGGCCAGGUCGAGCAAUACAAAGCGAUCAGUCAAGCUUCAGAAGAAGAAUUGCUCAGUCUAAACGAGACGCAGGACUUGUAUCGGCAAGAAACAGAUAAGCUUAUUGAAAAGAAAGACUCUAAGCUCAGAGAACUUGAGCAACGAAUUGAGGACACCAGCUCCGAGCUCGCAUCCACCAAUUCGGAGCUCUCAAGCCUUCGCAAUGCACAAGCAGAAAACGGGCGGCGCCUAGAAGAACACAAAAAGGGAUUCGAAGCAGAGCUUGCACAACUAAAAGAUCAAGACGAUCGUCACGCGGCCGCAGCCCAAUUCUUUCAAGAAGAUCUCAAGGUCCAGGCUGACAUCGCUCAGCAAGCUCAACAGAAUUACGAGAAUGAACUAGUCAAACACGCGGAUGCUGCAAAGGCAUUGCAAAAGGUCCGAUCGGAUCACAACGAAUUGAAACUAGAGAUAAAAGCGUUGAAAACUGACGCAGAAUCUGCCCGUAAAAGCCUCAACCAGAGCGAAGACAGUUGGGCGGAGUCGCGACAGGGAUAUGAGAGAGAAUUGGCAGAACUCAAGACUGGGCGAGAAAAUCUAACAGCUCAGAACAACCACCUCCAUCAACAAAUUGAGACCUACUCUGCUCAAAUAGCCAGUUUGAAAAAGCAUCCCUCAAACAGCGAUGAGCGCCCAAGCGAGGACAUUCCAGCAUCCGGUCUGGAAAAUCUGCAAGAGGUCAUCAAAUACUUGCGGCGCGAGAAGGAGAUCGUUGAUGUUCAACUAGAGUUGUCUGCCCAAGAAGGAAAGAGGUUGAAGCAGCAACUUGACUACGCCCAGUCACAGCUGGACGACACUCGUUUGCGACUUAGCCAGCAAAGACGAUUGGAGGCCGACAAUGAGCGUUCGAAUCUCGAUCACCAUAAGUUGGUGGAUACAAUCAAUGAGUUGAACACGUUCCGUGAGUCUAGCGUAACAUUACGCGCCGAAACUCGUCAAGCACAAAGUGCAUUGGCCGUAAGGGCGAAAGAAGUCGAAGAACUCAAAGCUCAGAUCGAGCCUUUGCAGGCGGAGAUCUUGGAACUCAAGAACGAACGUGAAACUCAGGACGGCGAGAUGAAGCUUCUCAAAGAGAACUCCGACCGCUGGCAGCAACGGGCUCAGAACGUCCUCCAAAAGUACGAUCGAGUCGAUCCCGCAGAACUGGAAGCUUUGAAGGAGCAACUCAAGUCGCUAGAGGCUGAGCGCGAUGAAUUAGUAUCAGCAAAGAGGGGCUUGCAGGAUCAAGUAGACAAUGCCUCUGGCCAGAUCACUCAGGUUCAGGAGCAGAGCAAUGAAAAGAUCGAGACGAUGCGGGCAAAGCUUGCCGAACAAUACAAGGCCAGAUCGAGACAACUGAGCGACAAAAUCAAGGAGAAGGACACCGCUCUGCAAACAGCUAUGACCGAGAAAGCAAGCUUUGAGCAUCGGCUUACCGCUCUGUCGGGAUUACAAGUCGAACUUGAAACGACCAGGGCGCAGAGAGAUGCCGCCGUUGAAAAGGCCACUGCACAGAAAGCAAUUGCAGAUUCAAGUGCACGGGACGGGAGCGAGGAAGGCCAAGUCGAAGAAGAGGUGGCCUCCAAGCCGGACUUACAGGAUCUUCAGGAGAAACUUACUGCAGCGGAGAUGAGGGCCAACGAAGCAACAUCAGAAUCAGCCGACAACCGAAGCCAACUGGAUGUGUCAAGGUCAAGAAUUACCGAAUUGGAGCUGCAAAUAAAACAAAUGCAGGAGGGCAUCGACGCAUCUACCACUGAAUUGGCCCAGCUAAGGAUCCAACAGCAGCAAGCAGUUCCUGCAAACAGUGAAGUAGAAGCGCACAUGAGCUCUCUGCGUGCUGAUCUUGCUCAAGCUCAGCAAGACGCUCAAGACCUUCGCACAAAUGCAUCGAUCAAUGCAGCUGUGUCUACUGCUCCAACCGAAAGUGGAUCCAAGUCUGUAACAGAACAAGUCGCGGAGCAUGUCGAGGCAGUCCGUGUCGAGCUAGAGUCCCGACACGACGAGCGAGUCAGACAAAACGAGGAGACAUUGGAGAGACGAACGAAUAUAAUGAAAGCUCAACUCAGUAAGAAAUUGACCGAUGGCAAAGGUCAGCUCCGGCAAAGCUUAACAGCCGAGCACGAACAAGCUUUGCAAUCAAUCAAAUCGGAGCAUGAGCAAGAAAUGAGCAGGCUGCAGGCCAGGCAUAAAGAUGAGAUUGAAGAGCUUCGACGAGGUGCGGACUCCAAGUUUUCCAAGCUCAGAGACGAAUGGGGCAUGAAUCAUCAAGCUAAACACACCAUCAAUGAUGAUCCGAAUGUCAAAGACGAAGAUCAUACUCCUCGCGGUCCAUGGCAGCCAUCUGAAGAUGAAGCCAGAGCUUUGAUCCAGUCAAACGAAAUCGUCCGAAGCAUCGUCAAGAAAAACAUUGGCAUCCAUGUCAAUAAAGCCAAAGAGGAAGUAUCUACUCAGCUAAAUCAAGAUCAUGAAAAGGCCAUGACCGAACGAAUAACAGAAGUCCAGAACAAAGCGAACACUGCAAAGGAGCAUGCAGUGCUAAUGGAAGGGAAAAAGAGCGCCGUACAGAUCAACAUGGCGAAUAACAAAGCCAGGAUGCUACAAUACAGAGUUGAUAUCGUUAAAAAGGCAGCUCAAGAUACACCGCUAAAGCCGGUUGAGGAAGUCUGGCUUGUCGCGAAGGAUGCUAAACCACCACCGGUCACCCCCCAACAGCCCCAACAGUCUCAACAAAAUACCAACAAGGCACAGAAGGCGCCCGUAACGUCGAAUUUUGGGCAACCAACACCCAUAGUCCAGAAUCCUGCACAGCAAGGACAGACAGAUGCACAGGGGCAUUUAUCCGGCGUUUCGACGUUUGGGCGGCCAACUCCAUCCGGGGCGGCGGUGAGCGGACGACAGAGUCCUGCACGGCAAGGAUUGACGAAUGCGCAAGAGCAACUAUCCGGCGUUUCAACAUUUGGGCGGCCAACACCAGCCGUUGGUGGCCCUCCACCCGCGGCGCAAAGCGGACGACAGAGUCCUGCAGAACGACCUUCACACGCUCAGCCGCAACCGAGCAACGAUCAGCGUCGGCCUCAACCGGCAAUGGUGAUAUCCCCUCAGCCAGGAUCGAUUCCUCCCCAGAGGCCAGCUCAAGGUGCCACCACUCACCAUCCCAAUCCAGGCACCGGACCAGGCGCACUCAAAGGCUUGCAGCAGUCUGGUCUCCCUGUGGCUAGAGGAGGUUCAAUGCGUGGCAACCCGAUUUCGAGGGGUAGAGGGUCGGCCGUUAGUCGAGGAGGCCCACAAACCCUCGACACUAGUCGAUCGCAAGGGCAGCAAGGAGGCAGGGGAAGUCCAACUAGUGCAGGGCUAAAUGCUGGGGCUAGGCAGUUCAUACCUGGCAACAAGAGGCCAAGGGAUGACGGCCAGGAGGGAGGUGACGGUGGUAACGGGAAGAGGAUAAGAGGUGAUGGCGGUCCGGCCUGA